GUUCGCUGUCCACAACCACUUUACGUUCUCUGUCUGCAAACUCUCUUACAAUCAUGCCAGCCGCAACCACCACGGACGCGGUCCCAAUCGAAACCGCCCACGAGGAUAUGAUUCACGAUGCCCAGCUGGACUACUACGGCAAGCGCAUGGCGACGUGCUCGUCCGAUCGCACCGUCAAGGUUUUCGACGUCGUCGAUGGCCAGGCUCAGAAAUCGCCUGUGGGGCAGACGCUCAAAGGCCACACCGGCCCCGUCUGGCAGGUAGCCUGGGCGCACCCCAAGUUCGGCCAGAUCCUUGCCUCGUGCUCGUAUGACGGCAAGGUGCUCAUCUGGCGCGAGCAGGGCCAGGGUCCCGCCGCGGGUGGGUGGACCAAGGUCGGCGAGCACACGCUUCAUACCGCGUCUGUCAACUCGAUCUCGUGGGCGCCGUAUGAGCUCGGCGCGAUGCUCGCCUGUGCGUCCUCGGACGGCAAGCUUUCCGUGCUAACAUUCAAGGACGACGGCUCGUGGGGCGCGGACAUCUUCAACGGGCACGCGAUCGGAUGCAACGCGGUCUCGUGGGCGCCGGCGACGCCGCCCGGGUCGCUCAUCCACCCGCAACAGGGACAGCAGCAGGCGCCGGCGGGGGUGAAGCGGUUCGCGAGCGCGGGGUGCGAUAACCUGGUGAAGAUCUGGGGAUACCGCGACGAGACGCAGUCGUGGGUCGAGGAGGAGACGCUCGAGGGCCACACGGACUGGGUGCGGGACGUGGCAUGGGCGCCUAAUAUUGGGCUGCCGAGGAGCUACAUUGCGACGGCUUCGCAGGACAAGAGUGUGAUUAUCUGGACGAAGGAUAUGCCGGCAGCACCGUGGGUGAAGAACGUGCUUGAUCCGUCGACGGCUGCGGUGAGUGCAGCGGCGGGGGGUGGAACGGGGAAGUUCCCCGACGUUGUGUGGCGGGUGUCGUGGAGCCUUGCGGGGAACAUCUUGGCGGUGAGCUGCGGGGACGGGAAGGUGACGCUGUGGAAGGAGAACCUCCGAGGCGGGUGGGAAUGUGUGAGUGACAUGACGAGCUAGAGCGGAUGCAGUAAGGGAAAACAAGUUUUGCAAUAUGACAUUCUAUACUUGUCUGUGGCAAUAUCAAUCAAAUGACAAUGAUUUCGAGAG